AUGGUUUUUGACGAGCUGAUGGGAUAUCAAGGGAAAGGACUCGCCUUCGCCUCGGGAGAUGUUUGGCGCGAGCACAGGAGCGUCACUUUAAAUAUCUUCAGAAAACUUGGACUGGACGAAAACGUCUUGGCGACGAGAGUGACAACAGAAGUGAACCGGUUUCUGGGUCAUUUGGACAAGUCCGAUGGUCAGCCUGUAAACAUCAGAGAGAUGAUCUCAGCGAGCACCUCCAGCAUCAUUUGUGCCAUUUUGUUGGGUCACGUGUUUCAAUACGACGACCCGAGAUUUGAGAACAUUAUCCGUGACAUACAGACAAUCAUUACCAAAAAUCAGCAAAUUGUUAUGAUGAGUUAUUUCCCUUUGUUAAAAUUAUUGCCCUUAGAUGUGUUAGGAUACAAAAGUUUACUACAGACUAUGGAAGCGCUUUACGGAGAAUUUAAACUUUGGAUAGAGGAGAGCAGAAACAGAGACCCCAGGGAUAACUUCAUCGCUGCAUAUUUGACAGAAAGGACAACUCGUGUUAGACAAGGGCAAACAACCACACUUGAUGAGAUUAACCUACUCAAAGUUGUCUCCGAUUUGUUUAUCGCUGGCUCUGAGACCACGUCUGCCACUAUCGCCUGGUUCAUACUCUACAUGCUGAACUACCCGGAUGUUCAGAGAAAAAUUGUCAAUGAAAUUGACCAACACGUGGAAAAAGGCCGGGCGCCAACACUCCGGGACAAGCCUAGACUGACCUACGUCGUGGCGUCCAUCCUAGAAACUCAACGGCUGUCCAGUAUAUCUCCCGUCUCCAUCGUCAGAACAUGUCCGAAAGACGUCCAUAUAAAGGGUUUCACCGUUCCCAGAGGUUCCCUUGUUGUUCCCAACUUGGAUUCUGUCCUCUUCGACAAAACAAUCUGGGGUCAAGAUGCCAAACUAUUUCGGCCAGAGAGGUUCAUUGACGAGCAAGGUCGGCUGAAGGUCCCCGAAGAGUUUGUUCCCUUUGGCAUAGGCCGCCGUGUCUGCCUGGGCAGAGUCAUGGCUAACACAGAACUAUUUUUGUAUAUCUCUCGCAUGGUGCAAACGUUUGAGUUCCUGCCGCCCCGCCCAGGUCAACCACCGUCCAUGAACUAUGUCCUGGGACUAACAGCAGUUCCGGAACCUUACCUUGUCAGAGCUUUGCGCAGGAAUACAUGUAGGAAGUGAUUCGGCUAGAUUCGGGUUUUAUAUAAUCAUUCCAUAAGCGACAAGAUCUUCUAUGUGACCUAAUCAGCACCAUAAGAUUAUUGAGUUGAUUGAAGACAAACGAUUGGCCGAAUGGUAGGGAAAAAAUGUUCCCAAACUCCAUCCAGAGCUUCCGUCUGUCGUUCGUUGUCGCAAUUAGCAGUUCGGCAGUGAAUAUCUCUGUAAUAUCUCUAUAAUAUAUGCAAGAAACUAGAGACUAAAUCUAAUGUAAGAGGUCAGUGAGACUAUGAAUAGAAUAUAUAACCAGUUGAGAAAAGGGGAGUAACCUUUUAUUAAAUGUUUUUCACCUUUAAGACUUAACGUAGGUUGCAAAUGAUAAUUUUUAAAUGAUACGAUAAUAAAUCUGUAUUUGUUUCUUUUUUA